CAGAUGAUAGUGUUGAACAAAGUGGAACAAAGAAAGAAGAUCUGGAUGACAGAGAGAAAAAAGAUGAAGAAGAAACUCCUACACCUGUAUAUAGUGCCAAGUGAAUUCUGGACAGCUGGGUAUGGGGCAAGCAACCAGAUGUGAAUGAACUGAAGGGGUGUCUUUCUGUGCUGGUUAAAGAGCAGCAGGCCCUGGCCAUUCAGUCAGCCACCACCACUCUCAGCCCCGUGACUCAAGCAGAGGCUGGUAAUCUUGGAGCACUGUUUCAUUGCCUUGAACCAUUUUUCAGGAGAAUGUCAAAGUUAAGUGGAAAAGCAGUGGCAUUUCUCUGCCUCUUGUGGACAGAAAAAGCCUUUUCUCUCUUGUACAGGAUGGUUUUUGUGGUGUACCAUUUGCAUAACCUUUUACUACAUGCGGAAUGAAACUGACUUGUGAAAUUAACAUACGCAAGUAGCGAAAAGCUUAAAAACACACAGGACGGUGAUGAGCACCAUCCUCAGAAGAGGGCGACUCCCCACGGGGUGGCUCAAGCACACAGGGCUUCACCCGCGGCCAGGAGCAGACCCCGAGUGGAGGACGCCGGAGCUGGGGUGAGCCAGGCUAGCCUGUGCGUCUCUGCUGCUCUUCUUCCAGCUCCUCUCCGGCCUGGUCUCCCAUGUGGGGUUUAUUCUCCCUCUGUUUAUGUAUUUAUCUGUUUAUCGUCUGCUUCCUCCCACUAGAAUCUCACUUUGGGAGGUCAUUUCAUGAGCAUUUUCCCAAGACAUUUAAAAUUCCUUAUACAUUUCUUUGAUGCUUAAAGAGAAAACUUUUCCUUUACAAAAGACAUUUGAUCAAAGUUGUUAAACAACGAAACUAAAAAUCCACUUGUGAUCCUGUCACUUGAAGAAAACCAUUGGUCAGAUUUUGGUACACACCCUUUCAUAGUAUUGAUUUUAUGUAGUAUCUGCACCCUCCGCUGCUGACUGGUUGUAUGUUCCGUGUGUGUCGUCUGCAGUUCCCGGCCUGUGAGCAAAGGUGUGGGGGGGCUCGCCAGAGUGGGAUCCCGAGCGGCACUGUCUUUCGCCUUCGCCUUCCUGUGCAGGGCUUGGCGAUCAGGUAUGGUCCCUGGUGUGAUGCGUUGUUCUGCUUCCCUAAUCCAUCAACAGUCUGGGUUUUGAGCUCGGUUCAGCCACCAUGUGCCCUUCGGCUGAUCCCUUGUGUUCUCUGUGCCUCGGUUUCCUUGCUUGUGAGAUGAGAGGCUGCAGAGGCUGUUUCACUUUUCAUGUCUGUGCUUUAAAGAAAAAAAAAGAGAGUGCAUGCACCCUCACCCCCACGUCAGCCACUACCAUGGAACACCUGAGUACAGACUUAAUUCUAGAAGAAUAAGAAGUUACUGUAUUGCUCAUGUGACAGCCGUGAAAUACAGAAUUGACUGGAACAGCUGUGCUAGAUUUUGGCCUGUUGAGUGAGGGAUUGGAAAGGUGACAGUGGCAUCAUCUCUCGCUGAGGGGUGGGAAGCCCAGCAGGAGAGUGAGGGGAGUGGGCGGGCUCCUCUGACACGUGUGUGCCCAGGCGAGAAUGCGGACCUCUGCAGUGAGCUGUUGUAGGAGUCCCUGGACGCCCUGCGAGCACUUCCCGAGGCCUCGCUCUUCGAUGAGAGCACCGGGUCCUCUCUGUGGCUGGAGGUGGUGGAGAGAGCGACCAGCUUCCUCAGGGAUGUUCACGGAACACCAGGCACCAAAGGGCCAGAAGCGUCCCCCUGCAGGACCAGCACUUGGCCCUGGCCAUCCUGCUGGAGCUGGCUGUGCAGACAGGCACGCUGAGCUGUGGGACAGCGAGGCACAGGAGACUGACAAUGAGCGUUCCGCCCAGGGCACCAGUGCCCCGCUUUUGCCCUUGCUGCAAAGGUUCCAGAGCAUCAUUUGCAGGAAGGAUACGCCCCACUCCGAGGGCGACAUGCACCUUUUGUGUGGCCCUCUGAGCCCCAUUGAGAGUUUCCUGAGGUACCUCACCCUUCCACAAGACAACGAGCUUGCCAUUGAUCUGCGACAAAUGGGAUCAUUGCAAGAGGUCAUAGGUUGGGUGUUAAUAGGAUGGAAAUACUAUGCCAAUGUGAUUGGUCCAAUCCAGUGCAAAGGCCUGGCCAACCUGGGAGUCACACAGAUUGCCUGUGCAGAGAAGCGCUUCCUGAUGCUGUCACGCAAUGGCCGCGUGUACACACAGGCCUACAAUAGUGACACACUGGUCCCACAGCUGGUCCAAGGCCUCGCCUCCAGAAACAUUGUAAAAAUUGCUGCCCAUUCUGAUGGUCACCAUUACCUAGCCUUGGCUGCCACUGGAGAGGUGUACUCCUGGGGCUGUGGGGAUGGCAGAUGGCUGGGCCACAGGGACACUGUGCCUCUGGAGGAGCCUAAGGUGAUCUCCGCCUUCUCUGGAAAGCAGGCCGGGAAGCACGUGGUGCACAUCGCUUGUCGGAAGCACUUACAGCGCAGCCGUCACUGCCGAGGGGGAGCUGCACACCUGGGGCCAUGGGAACUAUGGCCGGCUGGGCCACAGUACAUCUGGUCUGCAUCAGUGGGAGCAUGCAGCAGGAGGUGGCCUCUUACAGGACUUAAUAAACGGCCGUCCUAUCUGUUUGAAGGCUCCAGUGAGGACGAGGCCAUUCCGAUGCUGGUAGCUGGGCUUAAAGGACUGAAGGUCAUCGAUGUGGCGUGUGGGAGUGGGGACGCUCAAACCCUGGCUGUCACUGAGAACGGGAAGAAGGUGAUUGAUGUGGCUGCAGGCUCCACCCACUGCCUGGCUCUGACUGAGGACAGCGAGGUCCACAGCUGGAGGAGCAACGACCAGUGCCAGCACUUUGACACCUUGCGCGUGACCAAGCCAGAACCUGCAGCAUUGCCAGGACUCGACGCCAAACACAUAGUGGGAGUUACCUGUGGGCCUGCCCAGAGCUGCGCUUGGUCAUCGUGUUCUGAGUGGUCCAUUGGCCUCCGUGUCCCUUUGGGGGUGGACAUUUGCUCAGUGACUUUUCAGCAGCUGGAUCUCCUGCUGCAGCAGGUGAGUGAGGGGAUGGACGGCUCUGCGGACUGGCCGCCGCCCCAUGAGAAAGAGUGCAUGGCCGUGGCAACGCUGAAUCUUCCACGACUUCAGUUGCAUGCUGCCAUUAGUCACCAGGUUCACCCGGAAUUCCUUGGUUUAGGUCUGGGCAGCGUCCUCCUGAACAGCCUGAAGCAGACGGUGGUGACCCUGGCCAGCAGCACAGGCGUGCUGAGCACCGUGCAUUCAGCCUCCCAGGCCAUGCUGCAGAGCGGCUGGUCCGUGCUGCUGCCCACUGCCGAGAAGCAGGCCCGGGCGCUCUCUGCUCUCCUGCCCUGCGCAGUUCAGUUUCAGGCAAUGAAGUGAACAUAAGUCCAGGUCGUCGAUUCAUGAUUGAUCUUCUGGUGGGCAGCUUGAUGGCUGCUGGAGGGUUGGAGUCAGCCUUACACGCAGCCAUUACUGCGGAGAUCCAGGUAUGGCCUUGGAGGCACACGUGACCUGGUGGUGCGCUGAGAUCGGAAAUACCACACUCACACAUGUGAAGAAUAACAGAACACAGUAAAACACUCAACUUUUAUCAUAUCCAAGUAUUUUCUUAAAUUAAAAUUCUUUUAUGUGCUAAUUUUAAAAAUUAUUGAGGUGAUUUAAUUGUGAUGAAAUACUGCAUGUUGCCUGUUUCAGUGAAGUUAACAGAUAACCUGUUACUCAGGUAGACCAUUCCCGUCACUCGGAAAGAUCCCUGUGCCCUUGGCACUUGCAGCCAGGAUACUCCCCUGCCCUCAGAUGAGAUGCGUUUCGCCUGCUCUGAGUGUCGCAGCAAUAUAACUGUAUAGUAUGCACUCGUUCCUGCCUGGCCUUGGAGAAUGAUUUUCAGAUUCACUCACUGAUGUGUCUAUUGUGACUUCGUUUUUAUUAUUGGGAAGUUUUCCAUUUUCUGGGUGUAGUACUCUUUGUUAGUUCAUUCUCCUAUUGAAGGACAUUACAUUGUUUUUGGUUUUUGUUUUCUUUUUUUUUUUUUUUUUUUUUGAGACAGGGUCUUGCUCUGUCACCCAGGCUGUAUACAGUGACCUGCAGCCUUGUCCUCCUAGGCUCACAUGAUCCUCCCACCUCAGCCUCCUAUGUUGCAGGGACCACAGGCAUGUCACCAUGCCGGGCUAGUUUUUUGAUUUUUUUUUGUAGAGACAAGGUGUUACUGUGUUGCACAGGCUGGUCUCCAACUCCUGGGCUCGGGAUCCCCCCACCUUGGCCUCCCAAAGUAUUGGGAUUACAAGCGUGAGCCACCACGCCCAGGCUUUCUGGUUUUUGGCCGUGUAGAGCUGCCACGAUUGUGCUGUGAACAAGUACUUUAGUGAACAUAUGUCCUCCCUUUGGGUAAACACUUGGAGUGGAAUUUGUUAGGUUCUGGGGUCAGUGUGUAUUCAUAGUUUCCCAAAGUGGCUCUGCCAUUUACAUUUGAGCCAGGACUUCUGUGUGUGAGAAUUCUAGCUCCUUCUUGUCCUUGCAGAGCAGCUGGAUGCUGCAUGUGUGGGGCAGAUCACAUUGGGUUUUGUGAGAGCCAGUAUGCAGGGUUAAGGAUUUUAGGGACUUCACAGAAGGAGGCUGGAGAGCAUCAGCAGAGGCAGCCUGGACCUUGGAUCUGUAAACAGAAGACACUGUUUGAAACUGCACAACUGAGUUGGGGUUUCCAACAGGGCAGGUGGGGGCCUGUGGGUAGGUGUGUGCGGCAGCCACAGAGGCUGGGAUAGCUUGGCAUUGGGGUCAGGGCUCAGCCAGCCUGUGUGUCUUCACACCUGCUAAUGAGAUCACUUGUAAACAAUUUCUGUUUAUGAAUUACAGGAUAUUGAAGCCAAGAAAGAAGCACAGAAGGAAAAAGAAAUUGAUGAACAGGAAGCAAAUGCCUCAGCAUUUCAUAGAAGCAGGACUCCAUUGGAUAAAGACCUUAUUAAUACGGGGAUCUGUGAGUCUUCUGGCAAACAUUGUUUGCCUCUGGUUCAGCUCAUACAACAGCAUCUUAGGUAAAUCGUAUUAGCUGUAUUGUAUUGUGUUUUAUUUAUUUACUUUUUUUUGUAUUUUUGAGACAGAGUUUCGCUCUUGUUGCCCAGGCCAGAGUGCGGUGGCGCAAUCUUGACUCACCGCAACCUCCGCCUCCCAGGUUCAAGUAAUUCUCCUGCCUCAGCCUCUCGAGCAGCUGGGAUUACGGGCGUGCGCCGCCACGCCCCACUAAUUUUGUAGUUUUAGUAGAGAUGGGGUUUCUUCAUGUUGGUCAGGCUGGUCUUGAACUCCCGACCUCAGGUGAUCCACCCACCUUGGCCUCCCAAAAUGUUCGGAUUAUAGGCAUUAGCCACCACGCCUGGCCUCUUUAUUUUACUUACUAACUUUUUUUUUUUUUUUUUUUGUGACGGAGUCUCUCUCUAUCGUCCAGGCUGGAGUGCAGUGUCAACGAUCUUGGCUCACUGCAACCUCCACCUCCUGGGUUCAAGCUAUUCUCCUGCCUCAGCCUCCCGAGUAGCUGGGACUAGAGGUGUCUGCAAACACACCUGCCUGAUUUUUGUGUUUUUAGUAGAGAUGGGGUUUUACCAUAUUGGUCAGGCUGGUCUCAAACUCCUGACCUCAGGUGAUCCACCUGCCUUGGCCUCUCCAGAUGUUGGGAUUACAGGCGUUAGCCACUGUGCCUGGCCUGUAUUGAAUUUUAAUAGGUGAUUAUUGGUUUUCAUAUUAAGAUAGUGAAAUCCAGCACGAGGAUCUCAAAACUUUGUUUGAUGAUUGAAGGAAUAUUCUGAAAAUUACCUAGUAUAGAUUUUAGGGUAAAGAGCAGACCCUUUUAAAUAUAGGUGAGAGGAGAAGUUGGAGGGCAUGAUGAUGUUCAAAAGUUUUUCCAGAAGAGAAAUUGGGUGUGCAGUAAACCUGUAAAAAGAUUCUUGCUAAUAAGCAGGUGGAUGUAAAUGAAAAUCAUCAUGGAAGGUUAUUUUUAAAACUGGUUGUAUCAUUGCCUCGCUUCAUAUAUUACAGAGUUAUACAUACUACUUUGUAAGAUAACUUUUCUUUUCAAAACCAAAGUCAAUGUGAAAGAAUGGUGAGCAUUGUUUUGGAAGGCCCGACUAGGAGGAGGUGGGAAGAAGUCAGACUCAGCCUGUGAACAGAGACUAACUUUGGCAGAAGCCAAAACAGUCAGACAGUGUUGUCUAAAAUGAUCAUUCAAGAAGAGCGAAAAAACAAGGUGAUUUGUGAAAGAGAUUUAUUAGAAAAUGAAACACAUUUGUACCUCUGUUUAAUAAAAAUCUGCUUUUUGUCA